GUGUGUGUAUUUGUCUCAGACCACUGCUUAGAGGGAAACACAUGUUAGUAGUCUGCAGGAAAAGCAGGGAUGAGGAGGAAGCGCUCCAUAUGAAGACACAAAGAAGCAUUUAGGACAUUAUGCACUUUUUUCCCAUUCUUUUUGCAAACGUGUGAGUGAGUUUAGUUUGUGAAGUGCAUGGAACUGCUUAUUUCUGUCUGAUGCAUGUCACUGCAAAAGAAUCUUAGUGCUCUUCUCAUCGAAUGUAGCACUGUAGCUGAAUUGUGAAGCUAGCGUGUGCAUGGAUGUAAAUGUGUCUCUAUACUGACGAGUAUGCUGUAUGUAGUCUGUCAUUUAUUUCCAUAAAUUUAAGUUAGAACUUCUGUAUGGACGCACCUUUCAUUGACUUUUCUCUGUUAUUUUUAAAUUAGCUUAGCCACUUUUCUGAAAAAAACAUGCAUUCUACUCCACUUUCCAUACCCAUCUCCCUCCUUUUCCUUCUCUUUCUCUCAAAUUCCUGCGUUCUUGCGGGAAUGGACUCCUGUUACGACGAAGAAGGAACACCAAGCCGCUGCAUGCCCAAAUUUGAGAACGCAGCUUUCAAUCGUACUGUAAUAGUUUCAAAUGUGUGCGGCACACCACCUGAGGACUACUGCAUGCAAACUGGUUCCACACGUUUAUGUCACCAUUGCGAUGCUUCGGACCCUGGAAGGAACCACAACGCCACCUAUCUGACGGACUUCCACACCGACGAGGAACCAACCUGGUGGCAAAGCCAGUCCAUGUUCUACAGAGUACAGUAUCCUAACUCUGUCAACAUCACGCUACACUUAGGUAAGGCCUUUGAGAUCACAUAUGUCCGCUUGAAGUUCUACACGAGCCGACCAGAAAGCUUUGCCAUCUACAAGCGUACGACCGAGACAGCGCCUUGGCAACCGUACCAGUACUACAGUGCUUCCUGCCGUAAAACCUACAGGAGGGAUUCCAAGGGUUUCAUCCGGCCUGGAGAGGAGGAGAGGACAGCGCUCUGUACAGAUGAGUUUAGUGACAUCUCUCCACUGACAGGAGGGAACGUAGCAUUCUCCACUCUGGAGGGAAGACCCAGCGCCUACAACUUUGACCAGAGCCUAGCACUACAGGAGUGGGUGACAGCCACUGAUCUUCUGAUCUCUUUGAACAGGCUCAACACAUUUGGAGACGAGUUUUUUAAGGAUGCCAAAGUGCUGCGCUCCUACUUUUAUGCCAUCUCUGACUUCUCAGUGGGGGGCAGAUGCAAGUGUAACGGGCAUGCCAGCGAGUGUGUGCCAAACGAGAAUGGACGGUUGGUGUGUGCAUGUGAGCAUCACACUGCUGGGACGGACUGCCAGCACUGUGCCCCAUUCUACCAGGACCGCCCCUGGGCUCGCGCCACUGCAGAUUCUGCCAACCAGUGUGUGAUGUGCAACUGCAGCGGGCGUGCAGAUGAGUGUGAGUUUGAUGCAGAGCAGUACCGCAGCACAGGCAGCGGGGGGCGCUGCAUCGGCUGCAGGGAAAACACAGCGGGGCCACACUGCGAACGCUGCAGAGAAAACUUCUACAGACCAUCGCCGCAGCUGCCCUGUUACAACUGCAGCUGCAACACUAUGGGAUCUGUGAGCCUGCAGUGUGACGAGGAAGGUGUUUGUGCGUGCAGGCCGAGCGUGAUGGGGGUAAAGUGUGAUGUCUGCAAAGCUGGCUUUCACUCCCUCGGCCCAGGAGGCUGCAGGUUGUGUGAGUGUGAUGAAAGGGGCAGUGUGGGUGUGUGCUCUGCUGAAGAUGGAACCUGCCACUGUAAACCUAAUGUGGAAGGAUACUCCUGUGACAGGUGCAAGCCUGGGUCAUUCAAUCUUCAACCAGACAAUCCAGAUGGCUGUCAGACAUGCUUCUGCUUUGGUCACUCCCUCGCAUGCUCAUCCUCCAGUCACCAUGUGGCCUUCAACAUCACCUCAGACUUUCUUGAGGACCCUGAUGGCUGGGUAGGUGAGUUCGCAGGACAUCAGGAAUCCUCCUUGCUGUGGAAAGAAGGUGAAGUGUACCUGCUACCCUACAGUGAGGAGGAUGCUGGCUACUACAAAGCACCAGAAAAGUUUAUAGGAAACCAGCUGCUGAGUUACGGGCAGCAUCUUUCCUUGUCGUUCACCGCUGAAGCCAGCGAGCUGUUGCCAAGAAGUGUGACUGUGCUUCUGGAAGGAUCUGGAAUAUCAGUCAGUACCAGCCUGUAUUCAGAGAAGGACCUGGAGAGUGGGCCUGGCCACACUCUUCAUAACACCUUCAUUCUCAGGUUAAGUGAAAAGGAAGUGAAUCCAGCUCUGACUCCGUUUGAGUUUCGACGAAUGCUCAGCAACCUAACUGCACUCCGCAUCAGCAACGCAGGAGGACAAAACUAUACUUCCCAACUGUCAGGAGUAAGCCUGGCCUCUGCUGUUGCAACUGCAUACCUCUCCCAUGCCCCUAGUGGACCCCUGGCACCAUGGGUAGAGGUGUGUGUGUGCCCCCCUGGAUUUGCAGGACAGUUUUGUGAACUAUGUGCACCAGGCUUUACCAGAGAGACUCCCAACGCCGGACCGUUCUCACCCUGUGUGCCCUGCAACUGUAACCAGCACGGCACCUGCCAUCCAGAAUCAGGUGUGUGUGACUGCACAGACUUCACCACUGGUCCCUCUUGUGAGCGUUGUCAGGAUGGUUACUAUGGAAACCCAUUAACUGGCAGCCCAAAUGACUGUCUGCCCUGUCCCUGCCCGGACCGUACUGCAUGUGCCCAGGUGCCAGAGACACAGGAUGUGGUGUGUACCAACUGCCCAGCCAAUCAGAGAGGAACCAGGUGUGAGUUGUGCGAGGAUGGUUUCUAUGGCAAUCCCCUCGGUUGGGAUGGCGAGGUACGGCCGUGCGUGAGGUGUGAGUGUAACGGGAACAUAGACCCCAACGCGGUGGGUGUGUGUGAUCACGUGACUGGACGCUGCCUGAAAUGCUUAGGUCACACAACGGGGGAUCGCUGUGAAAGAUGCCAGGCGGGUUACUAUGGCAACGCUCUGGACAGAACCCUCAGGCCUUCCCAGAAGUGCAAAACUUGUGCCUGUAACCCCGCCGGCACAUCCUUGUCAUCAAGCCAGUGUGACUCUGACACCGGCCGAUGUUUGUGUCUCAGUCACGUGACUGGACGAGACUGCGGUCAGUGCGAGGCCGGCUACUUUAAUCUGCAGCCAGGUGUGGGCUGUGAGAGGUGCAAUUGUAAUCCUAUUGGCUCUUCCUCACCAGCGUGUCACCCAAUUACAGGCCAGUGUCUGUGUCGGACAGGUGUGGAGGGCAAGCAAUGUGAUCUGUGUCGAAUGGGCUUCUUUGGCUUUUCCUCCAGAGGCUGCAGAGCCUGUAAUUGUGACCCCAUGGGCUCGACCUCCAUGCAGUGCCACAGCAAUGGGACUUGUCCUUGUCGUCAAGGUUUUGUGGGCUAUAAGUGUGACAAAUGUGAGCUGAACUACUACCUAAAUCGUGUGACCCAACAGUGUGAGGAGUGUCCAGUGUGCUACAGUCUCAUCAGAGACCAGGCCAGUAAACUCAAAACUAAACUGCAGGAUUUGGAGCGACUGCUUUCCAAUUAUGAUUGCAGGAGGUACAGGCCGCAGUCCUACGUGCGGCCACAUCACAUGCACCAGCAUCAGCAAAACGUGCUUGGGAAUCAAGUCCAUGACCAUCAAGGCGAGGACUAUCUGCCCAAUGCCCUGGAAGAUUUCCUGGCCAUUCAAGAAGCGCGAGAAGCCUUUAUAAGGCAGUUCUCACAGCUGGAAACAUCUGCACAGACCCUACAGCUGCAGCUGCGAAACUUUGCCAUAGCAGUGAACUGCAGCUUCGUGGGGGAAGGAGGCAAGGAGGAAGAGGAGAGGACGGGAGCAAAUGAAUGCCGAGCUCUAGUAAACACAUUUGUUGUUGUCACUGAUGCGCAAACACGGCUUCAGAAGAUGAUGUUUGACCUUAACAGCCUGGUGGUCCCGUUUGUGAUCCCAAAAGGACCGACCCAGUGGAAUGCUCGAGUCAAUGAAUCCGAAGCUUUAGUGAAGAGUCAUACAGAAAUGGCCACUCAUAUAGAAGAGCUAGCAGGAGAGGCACUCAAAGUGUCUAACAGAACCUAUUCCAUGCUACUGAGUCUGCUGGAGGAUAACUCAACAGAGCUCCAUGUACAAGAUCUUACACAGCAGCUGUCAGAGAUGCAGCAGAUAAAGGAGAAUCUCACACUUCAGGCGAAUGACACCCUUGCUGCCCACCUGUCAGUGCAGAAGCAACACACUGACACAAAGGCCAUUUUACUCAACAUCACCUCCACUCUACCUGAACUGCACAAGAAUAACAGCAGCAUCACCUCCACUGCGGCAGAGACGAACAGUACAUCCUCCACACAACAGCUCAGUGAAGCAGACAGCACAGCAACGCAAGCUACGCAACCGAUCCAGAGUUCGGACCUAGCCAAUAGGACUGCGGAACUGGACGUUAUGGUGCAGUUAAAGGAAGAGGAGGUAAAUAAGACCAGAGAGAAGAUGAAGUCCCAAAUAGACAACGCACACAAGAACCUGAAGACCAUUCAGGAGUUCCACCAGCUGUCAGCUCUUGCCCAGGGCUUGAAAGAAGCAGCUCUUUCUUCAGUGGUACAAGGCAAGAAGACAGACUCAGAGACCUUCUCUCUGCGCAGAAAUCUAGAAGGCAUACAUCAGGAAUGGCCAGUCCUGCGGACUCAGACCAGGGCGGCUCUGAAGCGAGAGAGCAUCAUGGAGGAGAAGAUCCUGACAGAGGUGAAGAAAAAGGUGAAGCAGGCUGAAAGAGCCCUGAGGCCUACGCUGGAGAAUGCUACGCUAGCUAGCGAUACAGUGGCCCAAACCAAAGACACAGCUAAUACAGUGGCGAAGGAUGCCAAGGCAUCUGUGUCACGGGGAAAGCAUGCAAGGAGGACGUCUGCGCAGCUGAACUCAGCCAUGAACGCAGCUGUGCAGCAGCUGGCUGAGCAGGAGAGUGCAGUAGCGCAGGUGCAGGCGAACAUGCACAUGGACGAGGCUGAUGUUUCAUUAGCAUCCGUGAAGGACAGCAUGGAGACAGCUAAGACCCAGCUGGAGGCUUUCACUCACACACUGGCUGAUCUGCUCAGUCGCUUAGAAUCAAAUGGCGCUGUGGAGAAAUACGAUCGGAUGCUGAAUGACACGGCCACCCGCCUGCUGGUGCUCCGGGCCAGCGUAGCGAGCCCGGUGUUGAGCGGAAAGAUCCAGAAGCUACGCGGCGCAGCUGAGGAGCAGGAGAAACAGCUGCUGCAGCUGGAGCAAAACCUGCAGGACAUCCGAGAGGAGAGGGACAGCUUGACAGACAUCGUUCAGAACCUGCCCAAAGAGUGUCCACAGCGGGGCCACUGAGAAAGGGGAGAGGGGGGAGAUGAGACAUACAGAAGGGGAGAAGGGGAGAAAGGAGGAAAGUAUGAAAGAAAAAGAAGAGAGAAUUAAAAAGGAAAAAAGACUUGUAGAAUCACAACUUCAGUGCGGGACAGAGAUGAAUAUUAUAAUAAUUAUUAAAGGAAAAUUACAGUUUUUUCAACCUAAUCUCCAUCUGCUGUAUCUGUAUUGUUCUUUCAGCUACCACAGACAUACUGAUAGUUUCAAUGCGUUUCCCAGUGCUUAGCAGAAAUGAACAGAAAGUCCAUUCAAAACAGGCUUAUAAUGGAAGCCAGUGGGGAGUUGCUGAAUUCUGUGGAUACUCAUUUGAAAUAAUGUAAAGUGAAUUUGAAACUGCUUUAUGCUCAAACAAAGGAGACCUUAGGAUGUCUUAGCAAAACUGUUCUCAUUCAGUUUUAUCUAACGUUCCAAUUAUUUUCUUCUUCUAGAAGGUUUUCUAGUAUCCAUAUGUGAUCAGGCAGAGCCUGUGAAAACUCCUCCCACACCACAACAUUGGUAACACUACUAUAAUUUCUACAGAUUCUUUCUUACUGAAAUCUAGCUCCAUAUUUAAAAGAACAAAUUAUACAGAACUACAGCUCAGUUUACCCAUUUAUAGUCUAUGGGAAUCAGCAAUGCGCCACAGAUUGGGCAGAUAGAGAGUAGACUGAAAAACAAUGGAGUAUUGUUUUAAACGUAAAGAGAAGGAAGAAAGAAGUGGUCAUUCCAGAUCCUAUUCAGUUUAUCAACUCAAUCCUUUUUAAAGAAACUACAAAUAUGUUUGGCAUAAUCUCUUUUUUAAAUAUCGAUUUAAUUGUAAUAACUGAUUCAGUAGCUGAGAGGCCUGAGUGAAGAUUCCUGAAAGGUGAUUUGAUAUUAAAACUGUUUCUAGUGACAAAUUUGUGCUGUUGAGAUUUGUAACAAAUACAAUGUUCACUAAUGCUGUAAGUGAGAUAAAGCUUGUGCAUAUUUGGGUGAUGUGCUUUGGACUAUUCAUGAGUGGCCAGGCUGUAUUCAUCUGAUAACAGCAACAACCUGUUUAUAUUCAGUAUAAUGUUUAUGACCAACAUGCAGUUUCAUAUUUGACCAUACGAUUGGCACCGAUAUACAAGCUAUAAUAGAACUUUGGUUUCUUACAUGUACACAGCACACAUACAGUUGAACUGCUGGAUAUGUUUUAUAAAACAUGCUGAUGUUUAAUAGCAAAUAAACCAGUUGAAAGUCA